AUGGUCGAUUGGUUUUCUAGCCUGAACACCAUUCUCGUAGCAGUUGGGAAAGGGAGUCGCGACACAAUGUUCACAAAAAUCUUCGUGGGUGGUCUACCAUACCAUACCAGUGACAAGACCCUUCACGAAUAUUUCGAACAAUUUGGCGAUAUAGAAGAAGCCGUUGUCAUCACGGAUCGUCAAACGCAGAAGAGUCGAGGAUAUGGCUUUGUGAGUGCUUUUGACCCUUUUGACAACACUUUGACGCGGCGUUGCGGCGGCGUUCAGAGUUCGCGAGCUAGGCGAUUUCGUGAUCUAUUGAUCCGAUAG